UGCCUUGGUUUGAUGACUACUCGGAUGAAAUGAGGGCUCGUGAGAUCAACAACGGACGCAUUGCCAUGUUUUCAGCUAUCGGCCAGAUUGCAGCCGGCCUCUAUACAGGCAAGGCGGGUCUUGAGCAGUUCGGUCUCUAAUAUCUUUUUGUUUAGCGCUAGCUUGUCCAUUUUCGAGUCAGAGCUCAUGCUCGUGACUCCAGUCACCCUUGUGGCGAUCAGAUGUUGAAUUUGGAUGCAGAGUUGCAGGUUCAUCUGGCAACACCAGUCCAGAUGUAUACCAUCUGAGAAAGGAACAGUGUGGAAAAGGUGUGUUUGGUGUUCGCAGGCCUCCAGGCACAGUAUCUUACUUUUCUUUCCCCCUCCAAUCUUACUGUAGGGAACUUGGGUCAGCCCUUCAUGUUGUGCAGAAGUUUCAGGCACCAAAGAACAUUUUUGACAUGCGUUGAACAAUCGUUGCUGCAAUCUUCGAGAGCUAUUCUCUCCUUGCGCCCAGACUCUUAGGUGUGCUCAAGCUUUCGUGGACAUAAUCUUGGACACCGACUUGUCACCAUGGCUUAUGCAAAGACUCUCAUUGCUGGCGUCCUGGCCGCUCCUUGUGUGGAUGCUUUUGUAACACCUGGCACACAGGGAGUGACCCUUCGUGGUUCUGCACCUGUGUCAGCGCAGUCUGAGUCCAACUUUGGUGCCUACUCUGCCCUUGCUGCCGCAUCUGCUGGUGUUGCCGCAUUGGGCUUUGCCGGUGGUAAGAAGCCUGUUGGCCGCAAGAAUGUUGUGUGCAACUUCAGCAAGGAGACCCAGAUUGGUGCUAUGGAUCCUGUUGGAUUCUUUGACCCUUUGGAUUUCUGCAAGGAUGAGGCUACCUUCAAGGACCUCCGCGCCAAGGAGAUUAAGCACGGUCGCUUGGCGAUGAUGGGCGCCCUUGGAAUGUUGACGCAGAGCCUUGUGCAAUUGCCUGGCUUCGAAGGUGUGCCAAAGGAUGUGACAGCAGCAACUGUUGGCAACGGCCAGAUUGGCUUUUUCUUGGUCAUUGGGAUCAUCGCAGUGCUUGAAGCAACAGUCUUUGUGCAGGAUGAGAGCAAGGAGCCAGGCAACUUUGGCAAUCCAUUGCCUUGGUUUGAUGACUACUCGGAUGAAAUGAGGGCUCGUGAGAUCAACAACGGACGCAUUGCCAUGUUUUCAGCUAUCGGCCAGAUUGCAGCCGGCCUCUAUACAGGCAAGGCGGGUCUUGAGCAGUUCGGUCUCUAAU